AUUUACGAAUGAAAACCAAGCUAAAACAAUUUGAGAAAAAAGAAAAAAGAAAAAGAAACACGACAGAUCUAUGUGUAUGUUUCUCAGACUGUUAAGAUCAACGCGCUAUUUCAAACUUGUGAUAUAUAUGUAGUGUAAUCUGCAAACUUUAUAGUUGACGUUUAAUAACGAAUAAGCAUUCAUGUUACGUCGGUAUACAACAUGGAUUCUAAUAGCCCUUUAAUAUUUGUAAUAAACGUUUGAUACAAUUUAUGUAAUUGAAAUCAAGAAAACAUAUUAGAAUCAGCAAAGGAUAAACGAAUAAUGGAAUAUAAUACCACGGUUUUGUGCAAUAUUGGUAGUUUGGCAUUAAAUUUUGAGAAACAUAGCCAAAUUUUUUAAUGAAUGCAAGAAGUUAGAACAAUAGCAAAACAAAGAAAUAUGAAUUAUAUACGUAUUAUAACUAUGCGAUAGUAUUUAUGUAAUACACGAAUGUAUAAAGUGUAAAUAACUUUUUACCAUCAUGAAAUUCAACGAAAAGGAACUUGCCGAGGCAAGUAAUGGCCCCGCUGAUAUUGAAGGCCGUUUAAAUCAUAAACGAGCACAUAAAUCAGGAUUCAAAGAAAAGUGGUUUAAAUUAAGAUGCAAUUUAUUGUUUUAUUUUAACAUCAACGAAUUAGGACAGAUUGACACUAGGCAACCAGCAGGUGUAAUUAUUUUGGAAAAUUAUAGUAUUAACCUUGAUGCUGCAUCGGAAGGUGUAUUCGCAUUUAGCAUAGCAUUUAGAGACGAAUAUGAAAAGAGACAUGUCCUAAGUGGUCGUUCAGAAUCGCAAGUAGAACAAUGGGUCAACGCACUUAAACAAGCAAGUUACGAAUAUUGGAGAUUUCGUUUAAUAGUGCUUCAAGAAGAGCUAUGUAGAAAAACAGGAAAAGAUCCAUUGCUUAUGUAUCCACGAAAUCAAGGAAUUAUCAGGGAUGAAGCAUGGGAACCUGCAUCAACUUUCCGAUCUCAUGUACGCUCUUUUACUACGUCAGUUGUAACAUCAACUGCGAUAAAUACAGUAACAAAGGAAAUGAAUUUGAUUGAAUUUUAAAUUAGUUAAUUCAAUUACAGUUGUUUUACAUUA